GACCAUCUUUAAUUAAGGAUUUUAGCAAUAUGCCUCAUAGCCACUGCCAUUCACUCAGGAGCUUCCACAAUGCCCCACCACUCUCUGCCAUCACACAUGGCACUAAUCCUAUAAGCUUUGAAGAUGGAUUGUGUUUGCCCAGCAGCUUCCAUAGCAGAACCUGGCUCCUGGACAACUUUCAAGAAACCUGCAAUGAAACCACCAGCUGCCAAAUGACCAAUUGUGAACAGGACUUAUUCACAGAUGAGAGCUGUGUGCAAAGUAACUGCCUCCCCGGAGUUGUCCAAACUACUUACUCCAAUUCCAGGCCCUGCGAAAGGCCAGCGUGCCAAUCAGAAAGUUCUUCAGCAGGGCUGGCUUGUGUUUCUCAGCCUUGCCAAUCAGAAACCACUCAGCAGAUGGAUUUUGUAGCCCAGAGCUGCCAACCUGCAAGCCUCCAACCUGCAAGCCUCAAGGGAAACAGUUGCCCACCCAAGACUUCUGAGUCUAAAAAUUUCGAAACUCCGGAAUGUGCAUCUAGCCAAUGUCAGUCUCAGAACCCUGAAUCCAGUUCCUGUAGACCUCUGGUCAAUGUUGCACCUGAGCCACAACUCCUGGAAUCUUCUUCCAGCACUUAUGAGCCAACUUGCUGUGUUACUGGUGGUUUUCAAUUGCCUAGUAAGUGAAGAUCUGUAGGGGAGAUGGCGUAUAUUCUCAU